GGGCAGGUGUCGGCGGGGGGAGCUGGCCCGGUGGGGGUGGUGGAAACGGACCGGGGCACGUGGCUAAACCGCUGCUGGGGCUGAGGGUUGUAGCCGCCUUCGUCCGAGCGCAGCCUCUCCCCUCACGCACCCGGCUGUCGGGGUCCCUAGGACCCCGGGCGGUGGUACCCUGCGUGGGCCAGAGGAGCCGUGGGCGGUAGCCAAGGCGCUGGGUCCCACCGCGGCCGGCGGGAGAUUUAAACCGGUCUUGGGGAAGAGGCUGGCCUGGCGUCCCGCCCCUCAACUGUGAGAGGACACGGUGGGUGUGGGGACCCCAGUCUUGGCGCUCCGCGGAGCCGCUCCACCCUGAAGGAGGAGCUCGGUGGCGCUGGGAAGCGUGUCGCCGACAGGCCGUACUACCUCACCCACCUCGUCGCUCUCGUCUGCGGGGGCCCUGGGGCUGCUAUCAUCUGCAGAGUCUGGGCUGAUGUGAGGUGCGUUCGAGGGAGACUACCGUUCCCAGCGUGUCCUGCUCUGUUUCCGGCCAGGCAAUAGGUGGUCUGCGCUUGGAUCCAGAUGUGCUGGGAUGUGUGCCCUGGACGUCCUUCUCGGAGAGAACAGAUGUGUUUAACCCUCUUGCUAAUUGUUUUGAGCUCAUGCAGAAUUUCAGCUUGAUGACAUUGAACAUAUGUGGACAAUUGUGAUUAAAAAAUAACCGAAUUUGUGCAGUUAUAAACAUGUCGAAGAGUUUGUCAUCAAAUAUUUGGAAGUAGAAUCUAUGUAUCCUUCGUAACAGGACUGAAGAUUAUGCACCUAAAAUGACUCUUCAGGAGAUGGUGCAUCAGGCAGCCAGCCUGUAUUCUGAUAGAAAAGCAGUAUGUUUUGAUGAAUGUAAUAAGCCUCCAGUUUUCUACACUUACAAGGAGGUUGUUAGUCUUGCCACAGAAUUAACGGUUUUCUUGCAACACUACUGUGAUCACAGAGGAACGUUUGAAAUAGGCCUGUACUGCUAUCCUGGAAUAAAUUUACCAUCUUGGAUUUUAGGAAUCCUCCAAGUUCCAGCUGCAUAUUCUCCUCUUGAUCCAGAUGCACCACCAGUAUUAUCUACCUAUUUUAUGAAGAAAUGUAACCUCCAGUAUAUCCUUGUUGAGAAUGACAAAAUAAAUAAAUUCAAAAUAUCCCAUGCUGGCUGGUUUUACGAGAGUUCUUUUGCAAUAGAUCAUGUUGGUUUAACUCUUUUCCAAAUUAAUUGGAACGAUGUUGAUGUAAAUAUGCUGUUAGAUGGCGCAGAAGACAAAAAUGGAAUCUCCAAAGCUACAAGUAAUUGGGAGACAGAUUACGUAGCUGACCUGGACCAACUUAAAGCAAAGACAUCACAAAGGGGGUACAUGGAUGUCAGGCAGCAACAUUCUUUGGCAUACAUCUUGCAUACGUCAGGAACUACAGGGAUCCCCAAAAUAGUCAGAGUACCUCAUAAAUGUAUUGUGCCAAAUAUUCUUCAUCUUCAUCUUGCUGUAUUUUGUGAAUCGCCUCACUGGUCUGCAAAGGAAAGGGAAAAAUUGCAAAAGCUAGCUGCAGCUGAAUCCCUAUUUAAGAUCACACCAGAUGAUAUGCUGUUCAUGGCCUCACCUCUGACGUUUGAUCCAUCUGUAGUUGAGUUAUUCGUUUCUCUGAUAAGUGGAGCCUCUCUGCUUAUAGUACCAAACCCCAUAAAAAUGAUGCCUCUGAAGUUGUCUGCCGCUCUUUUUCACCGUCACAGGGUCACAGUAUUACAGGCAACACCAACAUUUCUCAGACGAUUUGGAGCUCAACUUAUUAAGUCAACAGUGUUGUCUGCCAGCACUUCACUCCGUGUUUUAGCCCUCGGUGGAGAAGCAUUUCCUGCACUGAAUGUCUUGAGAAGCUGGAAGAGCAGGGAAAACAAAACACAUGUUUUUAAUCUCUAUGGCAUUACAGAAGUGUCAAGCUGGGCCACUUGCUACAGGAUUCCUGAAGAAGUUCUUAGCUCUGAUCUUCGAUUUGAUUCGCCUGUACCACUGGGAUCACCAUUGCUUGGAACAACAGUUGAAGUCAGAGAUGCCACUGGUUCUGCAGUUCUAGAUGGAGAGGGACAAGUUUUCAUAGGUGGUAAAGAACGAGUCUGCUUCCUUGAUGAUGAAGUAAUUGUCCCGUUGAACACAAUGAGAGAAACAGGGGACUUUGUGAGAGUGAAGGAUGCAGAGAUGUUUUUCUUAGGACGGAAGGACAGUCAGAUUAAACGUCAUGGCAAACGUCUUAAUAUUGAAUGUGUACAGCAGGCUGCUGAAGGUCUUUGUCAUGUGGAAGCCUGUGCAGUGACAUGGUAUCAACAGGAAAAGUUAAUCUUGUUUGUUGUACCUAAAGACAACUUAGCAAGAGAUACUCUUAAGGAACUCCAGAAACAUCUCCCAACCUAUGCAAUCCCUGAUGAACUUGUGCUGAUAGAAACUUUGCCUUUCACACUGCAUGGCAAAAUCGAUGUUUCUGAGCUGAGCAAGAUUUACAGUAACCAUCUAAAUUUCAGAAGGCAUGACAGUAAGCUGAGUGGAGCAGAAGAAUUGUGGGAAAGAUUGCAGUAUUUAUGGAAGUCUCUCCUGAGUCUUCCAGAUGAUUCACCCAGCAUUUCCAAAGAUUCAUUGUUUCUGUACAGUGGUGGAGACUCCUUGAAGUCACUACGGUUUCAUGAUGAGAUUGAGAAUUUGACAGGCAAAGCCAUCCCUGGGCUCCUGGAAGUUAUUCUCAGCAGCUCCAUUGCUCAGGUUUACCAACAUGUUCUUAAAGCUGUAUUCCCAAGUGAGGACCAAAUAAUGGAUCAUAACACUGUGAAAAGAACACUGACUGAGAGGAGUGGAGGGGAAUUCCAUGGAGAACACACAAAACCAAAAUCUAGAAGGUACUUUAAUGCUCCUGCAGGAUUGAUUGCAUUUAUUGCACUAAACCGAGGAAAUCGGAUGUUGUCGAUGACUUCCCCUGAGUCUCUUAUGAACCCAUAUAAUGUAGGACAGGCAGGAAAAAAGUUAAGACAACAAGCAUCUUAUUCAUCUGCUGUAACUUCUAAUACAAUGAAAUAUGAAGUGACAGAGAAUAAAUCUGGAAAGAGCAGAAGCAGUCCAGAAAUUGCAAGGAAGGCAAAUGAAACAGGUACUCAUUCUGUAGAACAAGCUCCUUCAGAAGAGACUUUCUUAAAAAUGCCUGAGAAGCUGAUAUUACAUGUAAGAUGGAAGUCAAAUAUGGGCAAAUGUGUAGAUGCCUCCCCAUUAGUUAUAAUACCAGCCACGGAUGAUUUAUCUGCAACUGUAUACGUUGGGUCCCAUUCUCACACAAUGCAGGCAAUUGAUUUAUGCUCAGGAAAAAUCAAAUGGGAGAGAAUCCUUGGAGAUCGUAUUGAAUCGUCUGCAUGUGUGUCUAAGUGUGGAAACUUCAUUAUUGUUGGCUGCUAUAACGGCUUAGUGUAUGUACUCAGAAGCCAGAAUGGGGAAAUACACUGUAUCUUUACCACUGAAGAUGCUGUGAAAAGCUCUGCAGUUGUGCAUCCUUCCACUGGACUAGUCUACAUUGGAUCGCAUGACCAGCAUAUAUAUGCUUUGGAUAUUUACAAGGAGGAGCGUGUCUGGAAGCUGCACUGUGAAGGUGGAGCUGUGUUUUCAUCUCCAUAUCUAAGCAUCUUGCCAGAUCACCUGUAUGUUGCUACGCUAGGCGGACUUUUAUUGGCUGUAAAUCCAGAUACGGGAUCUAAGAUUUGGAAAAGUUCCUGUGGAAAACCCCUCUUCUCCUCUCCCCACUGCAGCGAGCAGUAUGUGUGCAUUGGAUGUGUGGAUGGGAAUGUGCACUGUUUUAGCCACUCAGGAGAAAAGGUUUGGCAGUUUUCCACCAGUGGACCAGUCUUUUCAUCCCCAUGUAUCUCAAGUUUAAUUAAGCAAGAAAUAUAUUUUGGCUCCCAUGACCGCUUUAUCUACUGCUGUAAUAUGGAAGGUAAUUUACUGUGGAAAUUUGAAACCACUUCAAGUGUAUAUGCAACUCCCUUUGUUUUCCAUAGUCAUGACUUGGAGAGUGAAACGCUGCUGGCAGCAACAUCUACAGAUGGUACAGUGUGGGUCCUGAAUGCUAAAAAUGGAUUGGUAGCAGGUGUCGAGAAACUUCCAGGAGAAGUAUUCUCUUCCCCUGUAGUAUGUGGAUCAAGGCUUGUUGUUGGCUGUAGAAAUGAUUACGUUUAUUGCCUGGAUUUGUGUAUUGCUGAAAAAACAAGAACUACUAGGAUGUGUUAAACUGCUUCAUCUCUAGUGUUUACACUUGGAUGUUAAGAACAUCCUUGAAUUGUACUUUAAAGCACCCAGGCCUGUGCGGUCCUGCUCUUAGCCCAUUCUACUUUUGUAAAAUUGAUCAUGUUUGCAAACUUUUUAGUUAACAAUUUUGCACCAACAGGCAUGUCUACGCUGCAAUAAAGGACCUGUGGCAGUGAGUCUCAGAGCCUGGAUCAACGGACUUGGACUCAUGCUUUGGGGCUAAAAAGAGCUCUGUUUAGCUCCAUAGUGGGAGCUCAAGUCAGUUGACCCUGAGCUCUGAGACUUGCUUCUGUAGGUUUGUUAUCGCAGAGUCAAUGUACCUGUUGUCAUGCCUGGAGUAGGAAAAAUGUGUGGUUUUCUUUUAAAAUUGUGCCUAUGUGCUGUUAAAAACACGAGAGUGCUUAGUGGCAACAGUGUGUAAUAUUUUUAAAAAACGUUAUGUGGUCAUGGUCAACAUUAAACUCCCCCCCAGCCCUCCCCAAUCAUGAUCUCUGAACACAUUUUUAAGGUGUUAGUGUCUGCAUUAGGUGGACAUUGGUGCUAGCUAACAUGUUUUCAAAGUCAAGCGAUUUUCCUAAUCAAGAGAGGGCACUUGACUUAAUGAUUUCUCAGCAUCACUUGUCUGAUUUAAGGUGAAUUUUGGUGGAAAAAUAAAUGUGUUCACUCUGAUAUAACUGUUUCUGGCAAUUUAUAUUGAAUUUUGUGCCAUAUGUCAUGUCUAGCAUGAAAAUGGAAAUAGCUUGUCUGUUUGGUCUCAAGUUUUCCAGUAUUUGGUUGGGAAAUUUGGUCUUUUUAUUGAAUGUAUUAACAUAUUUUGUAAAUCGAUAACUGUGUCUCCGUGUACCUACUCACAUGCAUAGACCAAGGUGUUCUGCCCCUCCCAGCACCUUCCACUUGAGCUUGCUACCUGUUGUGGGGAAUCCUUCAAGGCCGAUUAUUCUAUUCUAUAUAGGUUUUUAAAAUGCAUUCGGGGGAUGCAGCAGGGCCUGGGCCAGCCCUGAUGGGUGGGGGAGGGGAACGAGCAUGGCCCAGCCUCGGUCCCCAGCUGCAGCUUCGUUCUCUGCCCCCCCCACCCUGGGUUCGGGGGGAAAGGGAGGGGGCAGACGGGUAAGGGGGGACAUGAAGUGGAAAGUUUGGAGACCAUGUCUCAAUCAUUUUAUGGUAUCUAGGGAAGCUAACCUAACUUGCAAGAAUAAACUGAAUCUUCAGUUUUACACAGUCCGUUAGUAAAUGCUUAGCCCAAAAAUAGUUGAUUUGAACAUUAUGAACUUUAAACUGGAACCCAUUCCAAAAUUGCAUGAUUGUUAUAAGCCCAUGUUUGACUUUAAAUACAGGAUAUUUCAAUGCGUAUGUCUAUGCAGCAUUUUGGAGCAAGUGGGAGCAAGCUCUGAGCCUGGGUCGACAGACUCAGCCUAGUGGGGCUUUCAUUAAUGCUCUAAAAACAGCUGUGUAGACAUUUUUGAUCUAAGCCAGGUGUGGCCAAACUGCACCUCAUGACUGCAUGUGGCUCUUUUAGAGUUAGUGCGGUGAGCUGGGGCUCGGGCCGUCAGCCCCGCAGGAGGUGCCCAGACCCAGGGCUUCAGCAGCACAUGCACAACAGGAACUUGCAUCACGCAGUGCUGUGCAGACCUUUUGUGCUCGGGAUAUCCCUGCAUUCUGCACAAAGGCUGCGUUUGCUGUUCAUCAGUCGGAUUUCAGUAGUUCUCCGAGUAAUGAUCUCUGUUUGGAUUCCAACCGUGGGGUGUGCAUGCGUGCCAUGUGCCGGAGCCAGAACUGUUCAUAGUAGUGACCGUUGACCCGCACGUGGGUCAUGCGUCAACUGUGUGACACGUCUGAGGCUUUAAAAGGCCAUGCGGGUCCAGUUCCCUCUUACCGCCACAUGGCCAGAGUCAGAACCUCUGUUCUUGGUGCUCUUAGCUUGCUACAAGUACUGUUUUCACCUUUUUUCCUGUAGCUGUAGUUGUAGUUAAGGCUAAGAUUUUGUCAGUGACUUUUACUAAAAAUUACUGACAGGUCAUGGGCAAUAACCAAAAAUCAUGGAAAUCUGUGACCUGUCUCUGACUUUUACUAAAAACAACCCUGACACAAUGGAUAGGGGGGGUCUAGCACCCCUCUGCUGCUGCUGCUCACAGCAGCUGGGAGCUGUGGGUCCCCACUGCCUGUGGAGGCUCAGCGCUCCAGGACCGCAGGGAGUUGCUUGGUGCUCCGAGGGCUGCCUGCCAUCUGCUGUGGCUCAACUCAACAUGCCCAGUUGGUUUGUUGUUGUUUUUUAAUCAGGUUUUCUAAAUCUUUUUUUUGUUGAUGUCCUCUGGAGUCUCUGUAAAUCAUCCGCAUAUUUCCUAAAGUGGGGCACCUAGAUCUGGACAGGUCAAGCCUCACCAGUGCUGGGUAGAGUGGGACAGUUACCACUCGUCUUAUGUACAACUCUACUGUUAAUACCUCCCAGAAUAUUAGCCUUUAUUGAAACUGCAUCACUGUGUUGACUCAUUCAAUUUGUGAUCCACUUUGACUCCAGAUCCUUUUCAGCAGUACUACUGCUGACUUGACUAUAUCUAAACAAUUUCCUGACAAGCUAGAAGGAGAGGAGGUAAGCUUGCUUUUGUAGCAACCUUGACAAAGGUUUGAAACAUUAAUAAUACUUACCAAUGGUAUUCUAAUGCAUUAGGCUUUGAAUACAAUAACCCAUUUAAAAAAAUUUAGCAGUUUUUGUACUAAGCAUUUACUAAUUAGCUUGGAUCAUUGAGUAAAACUCAAGACUCAGUUCACAUAUGUCCAGCUGUGAAGACAUUUAGCUUAGUGACUUUUGAAGCUUCUGCAUGAACAAUUAAAAUGGUGAUGUUGAAAU